AGAAACUGAUUUCUUUUAAGUGGCUGGUGCAGAUUUUCUCCUCAGUAUACCGCACCAGAAAGCCCCAAGACGUGUCUCUGUUCUCGGUAGAAAAAAUAACAGGGUUGUUUUUAGUCGGUUUACUUCACUUUGCUCCAUUAUCUGCCAUGACAGAGGGAAGAAUUGCUCUCGACGUGGACGUGGUCAGUUGGCGUGUCCCGACUUGGAGUGACGGCUGUACAGUCCUAUGAUUUCUCCGAAACAUUUUUUCGCACUGGCCCAUUUUCUGACAAACUAUAUCGUUAACUUUGGGUAUAUCGUGACCUAUUUACACCUCCGUUGGAAGUUGGAAGAUAGCCGGGGUCCAAGAUGUCUGUAGCGGGCCUGAAGAAGCAGUUUUAUAAAGCCAGUCAGAUGGUAAGUGAGAAAGUUGGAGGUGCAGAGGGAACAAAACUUGAUGAUGACUUCAGAGACUUGGAACGGAAGGUAGAUGUGACCAGUAAAGCAGUAGUGGAGGUCAUCUCUAAAACAUCAGAGUACCUGCAGCCUAACCCAGCAUCACGGGCCAAACUGUCAAUGCUGAACACCAUGUCCAAGAUCCGUGGUCAGGUGAAGAACCCAGGAUAUCCACAGGCUGAGGGGCUGCUAGGAGAGUGUAUGGGCAAGUAUGGGCGGGACCUCGGAGAGGACACUAACUUUGGUGGAGCUCUAGUAGAUGUAGGAGAGGCCAUGAAGAGACUGGCAGAAGUCAAAGAUUCUCUAGACAUUGAUGUCAAACAGAACUUUAUUGAUCCAUUGCAAGGACUCUGUGACAAAGACCUCAGAGAGAUACAGCACCAUCUGAAGAAGCUUGAAGGCCGUCGCCUGGACUAUGACUACAAGAAAAAGCGUCAGGGCAAAAUCCCAGAUGAGGAAGUUCGACAGGCCCUGGAGAAGUUCCAUGAGUCAAAGGAAGUGGCCGAGACCAGCAUGUACAACCUGCUGGAGACCGACAUAGAGCAGGUGAGCCAGCUCUCAUCCCUGGUGGAGUCCCAGCUGCAGUAUCACAGACAAGCUGUUCAGGUGCUGGAGGAGCUUUCUGACAAACUCCGAGACAGGAUGAACGAGGCUCAGUCUAGACCAAGACGUGAAUACACACCUAAACCCAAACCUAUUUUUGACAUUGGAGACAACAACCAUUCGAAUGGCGGUUAUUCAACCUCAAUGGCCCCUCCACCUUCACGCAACUCAGAGCCGCCUUUUCACUUGGCCAGAUUGUCCUUUCGGAAGCCAGGAUUGUCCCCAGAGCAGCCGAGCUGUAAGGCGCUAUACGACUUUGAGCCAGAGAACGAGGGAGAGCUGGGCUUCCGCGAGGGCGACAUCAUCACCCUGACCAAUCAGAUCGACGAGAACUGGUACGAGGGCAUGCUGAACGGCCAGUCGGGGUUCUUCCCUCUCAACUACGUUGAGGUCCUCGUCCCGUUACCACACUAAUGUAAAGAGGAGACUGAUGGAGAGCAGGAGGGGAGAGGAAGUAGAAUGAGUAGAGAGGGAGGAAAGUGAAAACAGGGGAUGAUCCACAGAGGUUUCAUUUUCACCUUCAGCUCCAACAUCAUCAUCAUCAUCAUUGCAGAUGAGCACUUUUUUCAGCUGGAGUUCUGGAGAAGAUGGUCCCAUUUCAAAGUCCAGACCACAGUAUCAACCCGCUAUACUCAGAGGUAGACUAAGAUGGAGACAAAAUGUCAUUAUCUGUUAUCUGACAGUGAAAACAUUUCUUGAGGACUAACUGAUGAAACAUUUCUAAGCAAUAUUUUUAACCACAAAUUAAUGAAACAGAAAAAAAAGAAUGUGUCUAAUUCGGUAUUUACAGUGACCGGAGUGACACAUUCAUAUCAUGCCUUUUGUGUGACUGCAGUCUGUUUAAAACUCAGGAUGGUCACCAACUCAAUAGUCAGUUUUUAGACUGGUGAGGCCAGACCUCCCAGGAAACGUUGUGUGUACGUUGACUGAACAUUAUCCUCAUUUCAAAACUGAAAAUACUGUUGGUGCCUCAUAAGGGCUGGAGCACGCCUCCUAAUGCCACCUGCUGGCAUGAAUGAGAAUUACCUUCACUGCAACUAAAAUGGAACUACAGAUGACUCGAAACAGCUGUAUUGUAGAAAGGAAAAAAACAUUCUUAAUGAAAAACAUGAGCCAGAAUUAGCCUCAUAUUUGGAAUUUCCACGUUUGGCCUCUUUGAAAUGCUCUUUUUUUGUUUCAGUAGACAACAGUAGACAACAGUGGUUUCUCUUUGUUUCAGUGUUUGAGUUAUGUCAGCCUCAACUUACUCCAGUGGUUUGUAAGAGAAAAUGUGAGAAAAUGUUGUAAUUGCACCUUGGUCCUCAAAUGAGAUUGAUGUGUGUGUGACAGACCGACUCCACCUUUACACGCAGACCCAAAGUUCAAUGCAGAGGUUGCACCUUUUUGUCACUUAAAGCAGGCGUGUGUUUUUCAGCCUAGAAAAGAAAGAAGCUUAGUUGUUUAAUGGUUGUCUGCUAGUCUGUUCAAUAGAGGAGACGGAGCCAAAAAGACUUUAUAAAAUGCAAUAGAAACAUAUCGCUUGGCACGCCUGUUUGUUAAACUGCUAAUGAUACUGUAACACAGCCAUAUAUUCGUUUAGAUUCAGGACCGUUUAUCAAAGCAUGUUCAGUCUUUUCCAUUUUUUUCCAGCCUCUUGACCCCUGUUUUAGGCAGCAGUUAACUCCAUGCUGUGCCUGAAUAGACGAUGCUGCUGGCAGCAACUCGGUCUUUUAUAUUCUUCACUGACUGUCCUGCUGUUACUGUCUGGCCUCAUGUGUGAGAUAAUGUGAAACUCAUCUGCGCUUGGAAACCUACCCUAUAAUUGUGAUCAUACACAAUGGCUCUGAUUUGAUUGAUAUGUUAGUGCGUUGGGCUGACAGAGGCAGAUGUUUAGUCUGUUUAGACCUGCAGGCGAAGGUCUAAUCCGACAUAUACUGCACAGUAUGAGAGAAAGACCUUGCAUUAAAAGGGAAAACAUCAAGGGAAAUGUAAUUGUAAGCUGUUGUCCAUUCAGAUUAGAACUUUUGUUACCAAACGUGUACCUUUAAUUCAGCGGAUUUGGAAUUUUCAGGGGUAAAAAAAGUUAUAUUAGUGAAUGUCACAUACUGUUUGCAGUAUCUUUCUGCUUCAUUUCCCCUCUGUAGUCUGUGUUUGUCUGUCACUACAUGCUGCCAAACACUUCCCCUACUCCUGAGUUUGGUCCUUGUUUGCUAUGUUUACAUGUCUGACCUUACUACAUUUCAAUUCUUGUACAAAAUUCAGGGGAAAAGGUGAUGGGCGGUGCUGUCUGCAUCACACUGUUAUUAAAAAAAUGUCCUUACUAGCUUUCUUUGUUGCCUUUGGGAAUAAAAGGAGGGGAAGUAUCCCAACUAAUACAGCAACCAAAAUCUAACCUAGCCACUUAAAAAAUGGUAAAGAAUUUCUGUCUCUUUUUGUUUUUUACUUUUGGUUUUCCUUUUUUAGCCAUUGGCACUUUCCUGUGUUAAGUUUAAAUGCAUGUGUGCAUCGUUCUGCACAUUGAUGACACUACAGGCCGUUUCCUGGACACGUUGUGUUUUGACUAAUGUGACUUUUAUCAGCAAACCACCAGUGGAAACAGUUUUUUUAUGUAGAUUUUAAUCCAUGUUUGGAAAAAAAAGUCCCACUUAUUUCUUUUCUUAAAGGGCUAUGUAUUUGUUUAAUCAGUCUUAAAUGCUCUCCUGAGCAGCAUUAAAUCAUUCUGGCUCUCUAUAGUAUUAUUUUUUAUAUACAAGACCUUAAAACCUUUAAAUUAAUCUUUGCAUGUAGUUCUGUAUCACACCAUGUACGUGUAUAUCUUAGAUUUAAGUUGCCUUUUUACUGUUGGUAUGAAUUUAACCGCAAUAUUUUGUCUUUUAUCAUCACAGUAUUUGUACAUGCUUCGUUCUUGUUCCCCACCUUCCCCAUUCUUACAAUAAAUAAAAAUAAAGAAAUGGU